GAAAUAAUCAAACAGCGGCUACGAUUCCGGCAGCGACAAUGGCGUCGUCGAAGUUAGUAUCAGUCUCGACGGCCAAUUCGGAUCUCCCACGUGACUCCUCUAUAUGUUCUCUCUCCACUCUCAUCGCCGACGUCGAGAAGCACCACCCCUCCCUCACCAUGGACGACCUCCUCAAGAACAUCUACAACGACCACCCUCCGCCGCCUCCCCCCGACUCCUCCGCCACCGCGCCGGGGAGGACCGCCGACGAGGUCUGGAAGGAGAUCGUCGCCGGCGGAGGCGCUGAGGGAGGCGACCAGGCGGCGGCUGAGGGAGAGGCGGAUCAGGCGCGGGAAGGCGGCGGAGGCGGUGGAGGUCUGGCGGAGAUGACGUUGGAGGAUUUCCUGACGAGAGCCGGGGCGGUGAGGGAGGAGGACGUCGGCGUGGGAGCGGUGGUUCCGAUAGGGUACGGGCAGUUUCAGGUGCAGGCGGCGGCUCCGCCUCAGCCUCAAGGGCAGUUGGUGUUUGGGAACAACAACGGGACGACGAGCGGCGGCGGGAGAGGAGCGAAGAGGAGAGCUGUGCAGGAGGCGCCGCUUGAUAAGGCGACGCAGCAGAAGCAGAGGAGGAUGAUCAAGAACAGAGAAUCAGCUGCCAGGUCAAGGGAACGCAAGCAGGCUUACACAGUUGAGCUGGAAUCUCUGGUGACGCAGCUGGAGGAGGAAAAUGCGCGACUCGUGAGAGAAGAGGCUGAGCAGAAGAAGGAGAGGUUGAAGAAGCUCAUGGAGAACCUCAUUCCCAUGGUGGAGAAGAGGAGACCAAAACGUGUUCUUCGGAGAGUGCAAUCCGUGCACUGGUAGAUAUGGUACCUAGUGUGUCCUGAUUUAAAGUUAUUUAAGGAGUUGCUUGGAGCUUGGUCAUAUAGGUGACUGAAAAAUAGAGGGUGGAGUUGUCAUGUAGGAUUAAAAGAUACUAAAAAAGAAAAAGGAGCAAAAAAAAAAAUUAAAUGUUGGUGUUAUCUUUCAGUAGUCGUAGCGGAGUUGUAAAGAGAUGUGUAGUACAGCUCGAGAAUCAUUGAAUUGAUUUCGGUACAGCUAAUGGUGAAUAUACUUCAGUCGACUGCCUGUGGGGGAGAUUCUUGACAAUAAUCUUUCUGGUCCAUUGUAAUUAGUCUUGUAGAAAAUGACAGUAACGUAAUUAUUUACAGAAAGCUUGGUUGCCCUUGUAUAGCUUGUCAGACCAAUAAUACGUUACUAUUAUAUGGUUGUAUGCUACUUAUGAGGAGCUGUUGAUGUGAUAAAGUAAGAAAAAAGAAACUUGAUAGAUGAUCUUGAGAAUGAUUGAUUC